UUCUUGUAUUGCCCCUUCCUCCUCCUCCUCCUCCUCCUCCACCGGGUCUCUCCAUCCUUCUUCUCUUCAGUUCAUCAUCAUGGAGAACGAGUCGCUGAGCUUCUGGGAUGGGCAGGGCCGUUCGCUGUGAAGUUGCUCGACCUGCAGCAGGAGUUGGGCUCCCUGACCUCCCGUCCACCGCACACACACUCACACACUCGUCCGCCUCCUCUCCGCGCUUCGUCCGGCAGCAGGAUUACAGCGUCGCCCCAGAACCACCUCUGGACCAGGACCAGAACCGGGACCCGGACCAGAGAACUCAGUGAAGGAUCAGUUUGAUGGGACUGCAGCUGACAGACACAUGCCUCUGAGUCCGGCUGCCGACACCAAACAUGAUCGCCCAAGGCAACAGGCGGUUACUAACGGCAACCCGACAGGCUCUGCUGUUGCCAGGGACGACGACGUGGACGACACGCCCCCUGGAAACAGCAUCGUGGUCCGGAUCGGCAUCCCGGACCUGCAGCAGACGAAGUGUUUGCGGUUGGACCCAGAGUUACCCGUUUGGACCAGUAAGCAGAGGGUUCUGGUGACGUUGACUCAGUCUCUGUCGGGUUUGAACUAUGGUCUCUUCCAGCCGGCGUUCAACGGCCGAGCCGGAAAGUUUCUGGAUGAGGAGCGUCUGCUGAAGGAAUACACUCUGCCCCCCAUCACCCCCAUCCCUUAUCUGGAGUUUCGUUAUAAAAGAAGAGUUUAUACUCAAAGUUAUGUAGAUGACAAGCAGCUGGCAAAGCUGCACACUAAGGCCAAUCUGAAACGUUUUAUGGAACAUGUUCACCAAAAGAAUGUAGAGAAAGUAUCCAAAUGGCUGGAAAAAGGUCUCGAUCCCAACUUCCACGAUUCAGACAGCGGAGAAUGCCCUCUGACCCUGGCCGUGCAGCUGGAGGAGAGCGAGGAGCUCAUCAAGGUGCUCCGGAGCGGCGGCGCUCACCUGGACUUCCGCACCAGAGAUGGGAUCACGGCUCUGCACCGAGCCGUGCUCUGCAGGAACAGCGCCGCCCUCACGACGCUGCUCGACCUCGGCGCGUCUCCGGACUACAAAGACAGCCGAGGCCUGACGCCGCUCUACCACUCGGCCAUGGUGGGCGGCGCCCCCUACUGCUGCGAGCUGCUGCUGCAGGACCACGCCACCAUCGGGGAUGAUGAGAACGGGUGGCAGGAAAUUCACCAGGCGUGUCGCUAUGGCAACGUGCAGCACUUGGAGCACCUGCUGUUCUAUGGCGCCGACAUGAGUUCCCAGAAUGCAUCAGGAAACACCGCACUGCACCUCUGUGCUCUCUACAAUCAGGACAGCUGUGCUCGAGUGUUGCUGUUCAGAGGAGCCAACAAGGACAUCAAGAACUACAACAACCAGACGGCCUUCCAGGUCGCAAUCAUCGCUGGAAACUUUGAUUUGGCAGAAAUCAUCAAGAUUCACAAAAUGUCUGACGUCGUUCCCUUCAGAGAAACUCCCUCCUACACGAAGCGCCGCCGAGCCGGCGUGACGCGCUCGGCGGCGGGGAACGGCCUGGCGUCUCCUCGCUCCCUGAUUCGCUCGGCCAGCGACAACGCCCUGGAAAGCCCCGCCUCUUCACCCGGCCCUCCCUCCAGAGCCUGGAGAUCCGAGCGGCGGCGCCCACGUGGAGACCAGCCCUCCGUCCUCGCCGCCGCUGGACCCCCUCAGAUGAGGAAGAGGAGGCUGUACAGCGCCGUGCCGGGACGCACCUUCAUCGCCCCCGGUCCCCACGUCCCCCAGGGGCCCCGGGAGAUCCAGCUGCACCGCGGAGAGCGGGUCAAAGUGUUGUCGAUCGAGGGAGGAUUCUGGGAGGGCAGCGUGAAAGGCCGGAGCUGGUUCCCCGCCGACUGCGUGGAGGAGGUGCAGAUGCGGCAGUACGACCCCCGACUCGAGACGAGGGAGGACCGCACCAAGAGGCUGUUCAGACACUACACGGGGUCGUACGACAACUACACCUCCUACAGCGACUACGUGAUCGAGGAGAAGACGGCGGUGCUGCAGAAGAGGGAGAGCGAAGGAUUCGGCUUCGUCCUCAGAGGAGCUAAAGGUAGAAACCCCAUCGAGGAAUUCGCCCCGACGCCGGCGUUUCCCGCCCUCCAGUACCUGGAGUCGGUGGAUCAGGGGGGCGUGGCCUGGAGGGCGGGGCUGCGGACCGGAGACUUCCUCAUCGAGGUGAACGGCAGCGACGUGGUGAGGGGGCACCGGCAGGUGGUCUCUCUGAUCCGCCAGGGGGGAAGCCGCCUGCUGAUGAAGGUCGUGUCCGUUUCCCGCAAAUCUGAAUCCAACCUGAUCAGGAAGAAAGCCCCGCCCCCUCCAAAGCGAGCGCCCAGCACAUCAUUGACUCUCCGGUCCAAAUCCAUGACGGCCGACUAG